AUGGCACACAUUGCUACCUGUAUGGUCGAGGCCGACCUCGACAGGGCUGCCGGACCUGGAAACGGACACCUGAUCACCGGCCUUAUAACUAAACCUCCUUCUCCCACACCCUCUAGUGACUCGUCCUCUACCUCAUCUCAGGCUUCCGAGCAGAAGCCCCACGUCUGGAGAAUGCAGCAGACCCAGCAGCAGCAGCAGCAGCAGCCCGAUGUCCGGAAGUACCAGCUCUUCCCCAAGGGCAGGCCGCAGCCGGCCCCGGUGGCUAAGGCCCUCGACCCCGAACAGGCCAGAGCCUACGCACUUGGGCAAGCCGCACUAUCAGAGAAAGACAAGGAGAAGACGAGCGGCGGCGGUCUUCGUGUCCGCAUCAAGGAGCACAACCUCAUCCGCAGGCGCAAAGUGAGCGUUCCCGAACUGGGCCCCAUGACCACCGUGCAAGAAGUUGCCAUGGACUCUCCUACCAUUCCCGGCAGGCCGCCGCUGCAUGAGAGGUCCAUCAGUGCACCAGGCAACAGUUGGAGGCGGCUCCACGUGGCUGAAGCCGUCGCUUGUGUUCAAGACUCUCUUGAUGAAAAUGCUGAACUAGAAUUUUCGCCUACUACCGAACCAUUGUCCUACCAACGAUCAGCAUCAGAGGCCCCGAGACAGCCCAUGUCGCCGAAAAACCUCGCGCCUCUCGUUAUCCCCCCUCCUCACACUGGCAUGUUUUCUGGGCUGACGCGCCAAUUGUCACUGAGCCGCCUCCGCUCGGGAAAUACGCCGUCCGACUCGGUGCAGCGUUCGGCUCGCACUGACGACUCGCCUCUGUCCCGAACGCCCUACACCCCCUUGACAGCAUCCACCUCGCUGACAACACCAAUGUCCUCCACAACGACGCAUUCUGCCGUUGCGCUGCCCACUCCCGUGUCAGCGCCCCUCCACGAUGUGCGAGCGUCGCCCAAACCGUCGGAAGUUGGAGCUUUUACUGGAUCGAGCAGCUCCAACAACACCCCCAGGAAAGAAAUCGAAUCCCGGGCUGUGCCUAUGGGACAUCGCAGAGGGCAAUCAGAAACGGGCAGCAUUAUGGAACGGGGUCGCCCUCGAAAGCGAACCGAUCGUAAGGAUGGUUCAGUAUCCGCUCAGCGGGCUGAAUCGGCACGCACUCGUAGCACCGACCAAAAGGCGUUCGAAGAGCUGCCCUCUGGGUGCAGAGCCAGUGAGGCCGCGAAUCAGAUAAACCAGAUUGAGCUUCUGGCUCUUCAGAAGCAGGCCUUUGGCCAAGCUUCUCGAUUCGAGGUUCUCAGAAAAGAAGAUGUCGAGUCAUUGUCAAGGGAGCUCCGACAACUUGAUGAGAGGACUGAAUACCUGCGCCGCACUUACCAUUCGCUGAGGGCCGGUCGCCGCAAUCUCCAUUCACGGAUCUGUCAGUACCUGCGCUCCCCUCGCGUAGCCCGAUUCAGCACCGAUUCCAUGCUUAAGCAGGAAGAGGCUCUCGGCGAGCUUGAUGCUUCCAUUGACGACUGGGUCAACAAGCUGGAACACGCCGAAAACCGCCGUGCUCGCGUGCGCCAGAAGCUCCUGGAACAUGUGGCUGCCGCUGCCAUCCUUCCCAACAUGGUUGCAACCCCGGCGAGUGACACUCUUCAGCAAGCCAUGGGUGCCCGCUGUGUCGCGGCUGGCGUGGGCAACAUCUCGACUCCUCCUCGUAGCCCCACUAAGAAUGCUGUUCCACGCGCUAGCAGCAACUCUCCAUCGCCCCAGCGCGUGAUUGCACACGUCCCGAGUACUAUUCUCGAGGAUCCUGCCAAAGAAGAUAUACUCGGCAGCAAGGCCAGCAUCAAGGAAGAUGCCGAGGCAGCGCAGCGUCGCGUAGACGUGGAAAGCAUUCGUGUAUACGCCGACAGCGACGUCUACGCUCUACUUGCUGACGUGGAGAGCGAGAUCGCCAAGAUGAGCGCUGAUUCACGAGAGGAGUCGAGCAGCCCCCUCACGGCUGAUGAGCGGAAAGACAUACACCGCGCUCGUAGCCACGAAAUGCUGAAUGGCAGAGCCGAGGAUACAUCAUUCCUUGCUCCACCAACGCCAACCGGGCCCACGGACCCGUUUAACGACACCAAAACAACUUCCGCAGAUGGCGAGACAUUCUUCCUAACCAGCGCCGUUUUCAAGCCCUGA